CGAUUUCGGAUGGAAUUAUUAAUAACGUUCGCUUAGCUUACGUUAGUGCACAUAUUGGUGUUAUAUACGAAUAUGAUUUUAAGACCAAAACUAAUGGAAUGAAAAUGUUGAACGGUCAUCGCAAUAUCAUAAGUAGCUUUGAUGUAUCAACAAACGGCCAAUGGUUUGUUACAGUUGACCUGGGAAAAGAGUCAACUAUUAUAGUUUGGGAAAAUGUUAAUGGGACUCCAAUAUAUUCUGUAUUUUCGCCAUUCAAAAGUGGAAUAUCUAUUGUUAAAUUCAGUAUAGACUCCAAAUAUUUGAUAACGGUAGCGACUGUCAACAAUGUUCAAAGCGUAGCUUUAUGGAAUUGGACGUUUGGUGCAGAUGAUCCUAUCAUAAUUAUUGAACUUGACGAUAACAUUGGCCCAAUAGAACAAAUAUCAUGUUGUCCAAAUCGUUCAAAUUUUUUCUGUUUAACAUCUAAAAAAUCAGUAAUUUUUUUAACAGCAGUGAUUGAAAAACAUAAUGCAUUAAUUGUUCAAAUUCCAACUGAAAAGGGACAAAAAAAUUAUGAAUACACUCAGUCUACAUACUUAAACAACUUCCGCCAAGUAUUGUCUGCAACCACUCGAGGUCUUGUAGCUGUAUGGGAUGAUUAUGAUUACGGAUCUAUAGAAGCACAUAAUAAUAGACCUGUUACAAAUAAAAAACGUUUAUUAAAAACUGUACAGCUUCAAAAUCAUUCUAUUAUUACCAUAAUAUGUCAUAAGCUUAUAAUAACAGGCAAUAUAAAUGGUGAUAUAUUUUUCUAUGACAAAUCAUUAAGAGUUUUAUUUCAUUUGACAAAAUUUGUUGGAGAUGGAAUUAUGUCUAUAGAAAUAUUAACACCUAUCGAUCUUUGUAAAGAAACAGACACGUCUAAUGAAAAUCUUUUCAAUAACCAAACUAUACAAAACAAAUGCAAAACGGAUAAAGUUAAUAAUAAAUGCAGUACAACUGCAAGUGAAUCAUAUUUUAAAUUCGCUCCAUUUAUUAUAAGUACUGUCAGCGGUAAAAUCAUUUAUAUUGAUAUUUCUCAACAAAAUUAUACUCAAAUUCGUGAGUCUUGUGAUGGUGUUAUCACUUCUAUGACAAUUCAUCCAGAACAGCCUUAUAUAGUUUACGGAAACUCUGUUGGACGGCUUAACAUGUACAAUUAUCAAACAAAGCAAUUUCUUAUCUCAAAUUUAAGUUCUAGUGAAACGAUUUACUCGUUUGGUCGACAAUUUACCUGUAUUCAAUAUUCUCCUAAAGGGUUUUACUUUUGUUGCGGUACUGAAGACGGGUCUUUAUGGUUUCUAGAUCCUUGCUUGUUAACACCUGCUAUUCUUAAGCCUUUCAAAUGGACUGAUACGCCCAUUCGCUGCAUAACAUUUUCACCUAGUACAUCCAAGUGCGAUUCUUCUAAAUACGUUGUCUACACUGAUGGAUCUUUUGGCUUAUAUCUUUAUAGUAUGAUACCUGGAGAACAACUAAAAGUAAAAUAUCAUGGCUGUUACCAAGCUCAUACUAAUGAAAUAAGAGGAAUUGUCAUUGUCGAAGAUGAUGACAAUUUAAUAAUCUACAGUGCAGGUGCUGAUUUAAGAAUCAUUGUUUUUAAAUUUAAUAAACAAUUAAAUGAAUACAUGGAAUUAUUGAAAAUAAUUCAAACAGAACCAUGGAGCGAACCACUUUGUAUGGUACGAUCAACGAUAAAAAAAGAACUCAAUUUGAUCAUCAGUGGCAAAGAUUUGCACUUAUAUGUGUGGGAUGAAAAUCGCUGCAUUCGAACCACUAACGGUGUCAAACUUAAAACACCCAUACGACUUUUAAAAGAAUCGCAGAAAAGCAAUAAAAUAUUAUUUUUUGGUAGCGAUACAGUUAUAGGAAUGUUACGUCAACCUAUAGAUGGGAAUCCAUAUUCGUAUACGGCAGUAAUUGGAUCCCCUUCAAAAAUGCUUGAUAUAAAUGUAUGCCCAAAAAGUAAUUAUUUGUUCAGUAUAAAUGAAGAUUGUUCGUCUGUAUUCAUGUGGUCCAUUAAUUAUAAUUCUUUAAAACGGUCAGAAAGAAUUGGUGGUACCAGUUUGGUAGCAUUUGAGUCAUUACUUGAUGGAGGUUUAAAUGGAACAGAAUUAGCUCAACUCAAAGAAUACUUUUAUUGUGUUCAAUUAGUAACGAGUUCGAAACCCGAAGUGGAUACAGUACUAACCGAAUACAUUAAUGUUUGUGAUGUUCCUUUGUUAAUGAGAUCUAUGGGUUAUUAUCCAUCUGAAAUUGAAUUAACCAAUAUGGCUAAUGAGUUGCAUUUAAGAGACGAAAUAAAAUUGGGUCAUUCAAACACUGUAAUAACUUUUGAUGAACUUGUUAUAUUGUACAUAAAUUAUAAGCCACGAAUAGCUAUGAAAAUUCAAGACAUCAAAAUAUCAUUUGAAAAUAUGGUACUAAACGAUCCGUUUAAUAAUACCAAUAAUAAUGAAAAAGUAAUAACCAGAGAGUCGUUUGUGGAUAUGCUAAUAAAUAAAGGAGAAAAAAUAAGCUUUCGUGAAAUGGAAAUACUUAUUCAUAUAUUAUCAAAAACAACCGAUGAAAUAUCACCAGGAAACAAAGAAUCUUUAGAAUUAAUUCUUAACACUUUACCAUUCACUUUUACAUUUAAUGAAAUGAUGAAAAAUUUGCUAGGGUUUGAAAAUAUUGAUGUUAAUAGACUCCAAUGAGUUAAUAACUUCCAAUUAUAAUUUAUCAUCUAUUAAUAUAAGUAUUUUACU